AUGGCUCUGUCAAACUUCACCUCGUAUUUUGAUGCCGGCUCUGCGCCGCUCUAUCUCAGCCUUUCGUUAAUCAUCUACUACGUCGUCUCAUCCGUCAUAGCCUAUGGUCGUCUUCGCGAAUUCCCGGGUCCCCUUGUCGGACGCUUCUCCUACCUGUGGCUCAUAUCGAAUGCACGCUCCGGUCGACCGGCCGAACAUUUCACCACCCUCAACAGGAAGCACGGUUCCCUCGUUCGCAUCGGCCCCAAUGAUCUCGUCACCGACGACCCGGACAUCCUGCGCCGCAUGAACGCGGCGCGCUCCACCUACGGCCGAUCAAACUGGUACGACUCCACGAAGCUGAACCCCCACCAAGAUAGCAUGUUCAGCCUGCGUGACGCCGGCGCGCACGACAAGCUAAAGGCCAAGUGCGCGGCCGGGUAUGCCGGCAAAGAGAACCUCGCGCUCGAGGACGGCAUCAACUCCCAGAUCGCGGGGUUCGUGGAUCUCAUCCGGAGGAAAUACGUCACCACCGACGACGAGGUCAGGCCGAUGGACCUGGGCAAGAAGACGCAGUUCUUCACGCUGGACGUCAUCACCAGAGUCGCGUACGGGAAGGAGUUUGGAUACCUGGCCACGGAUUCGGAUGUUCAUGACUACAUCAGCACGACGGAGGCGGCCAUCCCGUUUCUCCAGCUCUGCGGUGAGGUGCCGUGGCUUGCCAGUAUCUUGUUUUCUAAACCCAUUUUGGACGCGGUCGGUCCAAAACAUACGGACAAGAGCGGUUUGGGCAAAUUGAUGGGAGUGGCCAAGGAGGUUGUUGCGCGACGUUUCGGCGCGGAUGCAAAGGAGGAACCGGAUAUGCUGGGUGCGUUUGUCCGACACGGCGUCCGCCAGAGCGAAUGUGAGACGGAAGUCCUCUUCCAGAUCAUUGCCGGAUCAGACACGACCGCCACAGCAAUCCGGACGACUUUUCUGCAUCUGAUUACAUCGCCUCACGCAUACUAUACUCUGAAGAGCGAAAUCACCACAGCUAUCAGCCAAGGCCGCAUCUCUUUCCCCAUUACCUAUGAAGAGGGCAAAACAUUACCGUACCUCCAGGCCAUCAUCUACGAGGGUCUCAGAAUGUGCGCCCCUUUCACCGGUCUCUGCGCCAAAGAGGCGCCUGCCGAAGGGGACACCAUUGACGGGCGCUUUAUACCAGGAGGGACGCGCAUCGCGCAAAACGUCUGGGGCACGCUCCGCCGCUUCGACGUAUUUGGCAAAGACGCAGACCUCUUCCGUCCCGAACGGUGGAUCGAGGCGGACGCGACAACAAGGGAUAAGAUGCAAAAGACCACCGAACUUGCCUUUGGAUACGGACGAUGGGGUUGUGCGGGGAAGAAUGUUGCAUUUCUGGAGUUGAAUAAGGUGUUUGUUGAAUUGCUUCGCAAUUUUGACUUCCAGAUUUUGGAUCCUACUAAGCCUUGGCAUAGCGUGAAUCACAACUUGUUCAUGCAGGACAAUUUCUGGGUGAAAGUUACCGAACACAAGAGGUAA